GCGGGAAUCGGGGCACAUUGUGGCUCCGUGCUCCGAAGAGGAGGAGGGGAGUCUGGCCGGGAACCGGGCCGCCAGCGUCCCCAGACCCCCCCUCCCCGCCAGCAGCCCGAGGACGCGGUGUCCACCCCGCUCGCCGCGCGCCGGCCGUAGGAGGGACGCGGGCGACGCGCGGGGUGACUGCGGCCGGCGCCCCGGCCUCUCGCCGCGCAGGGCCUUACCCAUCACCAAUGAGGCCCAGCCUUUGCUACAGCCUGAACCACAUCCUAGAAACAAGAUGGCGGUAGAGAGACUGGUGCAUUCCUGAGCCCAUGAGGGGUGAGACCCCUCCAGGCCCAAAGAUGGGGAACAUCACUGGAGACAACGGCUCGCUGAGCUGUGCCAUCGACCACACCAUCCACCAGACGCUGGCGCCGGUGGUCUAUGUCACGGUGCUGGUGGUGGGCUUUCCAGCCAACUGCCUGUCCCUCUACUUCGGCUACCUGCAGAUCAAGGCCCGGAAUGAGCUGGGCGUGUACCUGUGCAACCUGACAGUGGCCGACCUCUUCUACAUUUGCUCGCUCCCCUUCUGGCUGCAGUACGUGCUGCAGCACGACAACUGGUCCCACGGCGACCUGUCCUGCCAGCUGUGCGGCAUCCUCCUGUACGAGAACAUCUACAUCAGCGUGGGCUUCCUCUGCUGCAUCUCCAUCGACCGCUACCUGGCCGUGGCCCAUCCCUUCCGCUUCCAUCAGUUCCGCACCCUGAAGGCUGCCGUGGGAGUCAGCGUGCUCAUCUGGGCCAAGGAGCUGCUGACCAGCAUCUACUUUCUCAUGCACGAAGAGGUGGUGGAGGACCGGGACCGGCACCGCGUCUGCUUCGAGCACUACCCGCUCCAGCCCCGGCAGCGCAGCAUCAACUACUACCGCUUCCUGGUGGGCUUCCUCUUCCCCAUCUGCCUGCUGCUGGCCUCGUACUGGGGCAUCCUGCGGGCCGUGCGCCGCAGCCACGGCACCCAGAAGAGCCGCAAGGACCAGAUCCAGCGGCUGGUGCUCAGCACCGUGGUCAUCUUCCUGGCCUGCUUCCUGCCCUACCACGCGCUGCUGCUCGUGCGCAGCCUCUGGGAGUCCAGCUGCCACUUCGCCAAGGGCAUCUUCAACGCCUACCACUUCUCCCUCCUCCUCACCAGCUUCAACUGCGUGGCCGACCCCGUGCUCUACUGCUUCGUCAGCGAGACCACGCACAGGGACCUGGCCCGCCUCCGUGGGGCCUGCCUGGCCUUCCUCACCUGCGCCAGGACUGGCCGGGCCCGGGAGGCCUACCCACUGGGCACCCCCGAGGCCUCAGGGAAGAGCGAGGAGCCCAACGUGCUGACGAAGCUCCACCCGGCCUUCCAGACCUCUCGGCCACCCGGAGCGGGAGGGUCCCCAGCGGGCGGACUGGCCUAGCUGCGUCACCCCGUCACCCGCGUGCGGGGCGAAGCCAGGCCUGAGCUUGCUCGACAGCUGCUGCCCACUUGGCCAAGGGAGGUGCCUCUGGCUGCUGGAGGGGACGAUGGACCUGGGCCACGGGGCCCUGGGUCUGGGCCGCAGCACAACCUCUCUGGUUCCAGGGAACCCGCUGUGGCUGCCGAGUCCGACGGGGCUGCUUGUUGAGUGUGGGGAUAAGCCCCAACGGCGCAUGGGGGUCGUCUGCCGCCACCUGGGCGGCUGGUGGGAGGAAGACCUGCUCACCUCCAGGAGGUUUGCAAAGAGAAGCUCGGGUGGGGGAUGCAGAGUGUGAGGACGUGGAGAGAGGGGCCUGGGAGAUGAGAGUGGGUACCUGGGGGCACACCUGCCAGGGCCUUCCAUGCCGUUGUCACCGAUGAUACCGGUCCAAAGGCACUGGUGUAAUCGGGAGAGGUGACACACGAAAGUAUAUUGUCAUCAUUCAUACUUGAGCCUCACUCCACGAAGGGGUGGGAAGGAAGAUGAGUGGGCCCGGAGGUUGGAUGGGGAGAAGGAAUGUAGGGAGGGGUUUGGGGCACUGGGAGUGUGUGUUUGUGGGGGAGUGGGGGAGUAACAGGCAGAGGAGAGACACCAGAUACAGCCAAGUCACAGUUUCACAGGCGAGGAGAGUUGAGCAGAUUCCCCAAGCCCCAGGGCUGAUGGAAAACAAAUCCUAGGGCUCCCUGGGGCUCCGUAGGGCGAUGUCUGUGGUCCUUUAAAGUCAGCACUGAAGUUCAUGGGUCAGGACAGAGGCCUGAAGCAGUAUAUCCAACUGAGUUCCCUACACAGAUUCGCCUCAGUUCAUCUUCUGUUUCUAUCUGCCUUGAAGCACCAGACCCGAAAGCCUGCGACUUUGUGUGUGUGUGUGUGUGUGUGUGUCCGUGGUUAAAAUGCCAGGGUCUCCAUGACAGCUCUGCCCCAAGCCACUGAGGCUAGGGUCAUGUGACUGCUGGCAGUGUCCCCUGCCACACAGACUGGAGUGCCUAGCAGUCUCAGAGAGGAGCAUGACAUUCUCCCCAAGUUCUUAGAACAAAACAAACAACACGGAGAUGCAUGCUCUGUUAUCUCUCAGCCCAUAGCCCCGGGGUGAAGCUCCACUGUGGUUUAAAUAGCUCCUGUGACAAGAAGAGGAGGGGGCCUUGGGCUCGCCUUGCCUCCUUGGUCCUUCAGCACUGCUCCUCUGCCAGAUGUCCCACCCCACCCCCCUGGAGAGUGACAGUGGGCCCACGGGCCACAUGCAGACCAGGGUACUGACCUCCGUCUCUUGUUCUGUCCUGGAAGGCUGGUGACAGGGCUUCUGCAACUUCGUGCCCCAUCAUAUUAAGCCUCUGCCUGGGGGAUAUACCAAGGACCAGAGGAGCGUCUUGCUGCUCCAGGGACCUGCCCACCUUUUUAGAAAUGCUAGCCCUUCAGAUUUCCUGGUCAGUGGGCUGGAGCCAGUUCUGACUUCCCCCAAAGACCUGGGAUUUGAGCUCUCACAGCUAAGAGGCUAGGUAGGCUCAAGCCCGGGGAGGGACCAGGGAUGGGAAGAUAGAAGCUGGCGUCAGUAGAAGAUUUCCAGAAUCUGUUAAAGGGCUGCCAGGGAGAACAUUUUUUUCAAUCAUCUCUCUUCAUGUCUCCCCUCCCCUCUCCCAGAGGUAGAUUCACCCUGAGUUUCUUAACCCUCCCAUCAGAGGUGUCCAGAGACUGAUAGCCCAGGGUGGGUGUGCCCUAAGGAAGUGGGGUUCCAGGGCUUGCUCCAGCUCCUUCUGGAUGGCCUUCCAUAACCUGGGGAGGUUCUCUUCCCCUUCAUGGAGGACAAACUGACGAGGUCUGCAGGUAGCAAAAAAAAAGGCCACCCAGCCCCAGACCAGGAUCUUACAAGGGCAAUGACACUGGUUGAGACCUCCAUGCUUCCUCAUUCCAAAUUUCCUCCUGUUUUGAUCUUAAACAUGGACAUUCCCAUUGGGAUAAACUGGCAUGAGCUGAGGGCAGUUCCAUUUACUAUCAAGAGUUGUAUUUUUGUAUUGUCCUCUCUUUUAUGCCAAGUAUACGUGUGUUGGACCAUGCAAUGGAUUUAUGUAGCAAACUUGAGUCUGCAAAUAAAGCAAAGUAACCAGCCACA